GCUGCCCGCCGGAGCCCCAACGGUCGGAGCCGGCCGGCUGCGUUCCAGGGCCCCUCCGCGCUCUGGAAGCGGCGAGGCGAACGCCAACCCUUUUCCAAAGCGGAAGAUCGCGUUUUUAAAGAAUUUGGGGGUACUGUCUGCGUAGAGAACUUACGCUCUUGGUCUCCUGCCCACUAUAAAGAUGAAAGCUCGUCCGCCACGGUACCGGCACAUUUUGAGACGUAAUGCACAGAACUAGCCAGGCGGUCGUAAAGGCAAAGUGGAUUUGCCCACAACAAAAAUGGCGCGGGAGCACGACACCGCGAUAUCGCGCGCGCACAAGCCGGGAUGAGCGUUUGUAUGGCUUCAGCCGACGGGCGGAUGUUAUCAUUAUUCACUUCCGGGUGAGCUUACUCGGGCGCCAUCUUGUCUUGUUCGUAGAAGUAGAAGCAUCGAAAGGGUUGGAGCCGUAUUGGAAGAACGGUGGCGACGGCGGUGUUCCUGAACGAGGGCAGAUGUGGGAUCAAGGAGGACAGCCUUGGCAACAGUGGCCCUUGAACCAGCAACAAUGGAUGCAGUCAUUCCAGCACCAGCAGGAUCCAAGCCAGAUUGACUGGGCUGCAUUGGCUCAAGCUUGGAUUGCCCAGAGAGAGGCUUCAGGACAGCAAAGCAUAGUGGAACAACCUCCAGGAAUGAUGCCCAAUGGACAAGAGAUGUCUACAAUGGAAUCUGGUCCUAACAAUCAUGGGAAUUUUCAAGGAGAUUCAAACUUUAAUAGGAUGUGGCAACCAGAAUGGGGAAUGCAUCAGCAGCCCCCACACCCCCCUCCAGAUCAGCCAUGGAUGCCACCAACACCAGGCCCAGUGGACAUUGUACCUCCUUCUGAAGACAGCAACAGUCAGGACAGUGGGGAAUUUGCCCCUGACAACAGGCAUAUAUUUAACCAGAACAAUCACAACUUUGGUGGACCACCCGAUAAUUUUGCAGUGGGGCCAGUGAACCAGUUUGACUAUCAGCAUGGGGCUGCUUUUGGUCCACCGCAAGGUGGAUUUCAUCCUCCUUAUUGGCAACCAGGACCUCCAGGACCUCCAGCACCUCCCCAGAACCGAAGAGAAAGGCCAUCAUCAUUCAGGGAUCGGCAGCGGUCACCUAUUGCACUUCCUGUGAAGCAGGAGCCUCCACAAAUUGAUGCAGUAAAACGCAGGACUCUUCCAGCUUGGAUUCGUGAAGGUCUUGAAAAAAUGGAACGUGAAAAGCAAAAGAAAUUAGAAAAAGAAAGGAUGGAACAGCAACGUUCACAGUUAUCGAAAAAAGAAAAGAAGGCCACAGAAGAUGCUGAUGGAGGUGAUGGCCCUCGUUUACCUCAGAGAAGUAAAUUUGACAGCGAUGAAGAAGAUGAAGACCCUGAAAACACUGAGGCUGCGAGCAGUGGAAAAGUCACCAGAAGUCCAUCUCCAGUUCAAGAAGAGCAGAGUGAGCCAGAGAUGACGGAAGAAGAAAAAGAGUAUCAAAUGAUGUUGCUGACAAAGAUGCUUUUGACUGAAAUUCUUCUGGAUGUCACAGAUGAAGAAAUUUAUUACAUAGCCAAAGACACACAUCGUAAAGCAACGAAAGCUCCUGCAAAACAGCUGGCACAGUCCAGUGCACUGGCUUCCCUCACUGGACUCGGUGGCCUGGGCGGUUACGGAUCCGGAGACAGUGAAGAUGAGCGGAGCGACAGAGGCUCUGAGUCCUCUGACACUGAUGAUGAGGAGUUACGGCACCGCAUCCGGCAAAAACAGGAGGCUUUUUGGAGAAAAGAGAAAGAGCAGCAGCUACUGCAUGAUAAACAGAUAGAAGAAGAAAAACAACAGACAGAAAGGGUUACAAAAGAAAUGAAUGAAUUUAUACACAAAGAGCAAAAUAGCUUAUCACAUCUAGAAGCAAGAGAAGCAGAUGGUGAUGUGGUUAAUGAAAAGAAAAGAACUACAAAUGAAACGACAUCUGUUUUAGAACCCAAAAAAGACCAUAAAGAAAAAGAGAAACAAGGAAGGAGUAGAUCAGGAAGUUCUAGCAAUAGUAAAAAGCAUUCAGGCUCUGAUUCUAGUGGAAGGAGCAGUUCUGAAUCUCCAGGAAGUAGCAAAGAAAAGAAGGCUAAGAAGCCUAAACAUAGUCGAUCGCGAUCCAUGGAGAAAUCUCAAAGGUCUGGUAAGAAGGCAAGCCGCAAACACAAGUCUAAGUCCCGAUCAAGAUCGACAACCCCUCCCCGUCGUAAGCACUGAGGAAUGAUGUGGCAAGCAUGCCAUGAUGUUUUAAAAAAUUCCAUGAGUUUUAAGGGCUUGUCUCAUUAUAGAGGCACAUUGUGGCUGUAGGUGAAACCAGAAUCUUUUUUUUUUUUAAUCUGUAAAUAGGUGUACUUUUUCCAAAUGCUGCUCCAAGUUACUUAAUAGGAUUUCUUUGUAUUACACUUUUUUCAAAAAAUAGAGCAUAAUAAGACUAUAAACAUGCCAUUCUCUUUCAGCUGUAAUGUUCUUAAACUUAUUCUUGAAUGUACUGUGAUGUCAAUAAAGCUCUUUAGUUCAUUUUUGUUAAAA